CACCCACUAAGCUAACUGCUAGGUAGCAGCAAAGGUCAUCUGUAUUAUUCUUCUGAUGAUUUAGGUGUACCGCCUGGAGUAUUUAAGUAGUUCUACGUACGCAUAUACGGGUCACCGCGAUGACAUCCUUCAAUCAGUCUGGAGAAACCAAGUUCACCGUGUUUAUUCGCCUUCCCUUCCCCAGGGGUGACUUUGUGGAUCCUUCUCCGGUUGAAUGGAACGCUGCCAAAGACCAGGCUCUCUGGAAUAUCCUCUCGCGCCCUUCCAAGGGUGAUGAUUUAGACUGGAAAGCACUGGCAGAUCAUUUUGAUGUAACACUGCAGUUUCUCCUUCAACAGGCAGCAUGGCUCUACGAUCGGCAGCUGUCACAAGUACGUGCACAGAUGAGUAGAGUGCCCACCACUCAGUCGACGUCUACAUCUCCUGCUCCUGGUUCGGUGACGGGUAGCACGGCGCUGGGUCAACAGACAAAAGGUGCCAUCAAUGCAGGCCCUCGAGCUCCGUCGCGCCUCUCGACGCAGCAGAAAGAUACUCUUCCACAGCGUGCUCCCAUCCCCCGACGCACCAGCUCAACAACCACCGUUAAUCAACUCAAAACUGCCCGUGAACCAGUCCGCAACGAUACCCCUGUGGUGGAGCCAAGAGAACCUAAGCGAGAAAGCUAUGCCAAUCGACCAGCUGCAGGUAAAAGAGAGCAAGCUGCAGCUCCUUCGACUGCGAAAUCCCCUCCUCUGGAAGAUGAUACGACCCCUAGCUCAUCUGAGUCCGAAUCUGACGACGACAACGGGUUUGGAAGUCGUCAUGGCCUGCGAUUCAAGCCCCCUUUCGGCAAAUUCUCCACGCAUAGGGCCAGCCUGAGGUACGACGAUGAGGAUGACGACGAGUCCCCUGCUUUCCUGCCAGAACCAGAAAGGACGUCCCACGGAGCGUCCGGGCAGGAUCUCAAUGCUACGUUGAGGAUGAACGCCGAGGAUGUUUCUGAGUCACACCGACGCCCCUCAGCACAGACGAUUUCUAGAACAUCAGUCACAACCGAAUCGUCCGCAAGCUCUGCCAGUUCCGGAGUCCCAGUUGCACAUCCACAAUCUGACAGACGGCGACGGUUGAAUCAAAGCGGAGGGCCAUUGAGUCCUAGAAGAACCGGGGAACUGGCACAUUUCAGUCCGCGACAGUCUAUGGCUUUGCGGAGAGACGCGAGCGACGGGACUCCUAGUAUGGGGAGCAGCUUUAGUGACCUAGAUGAUGCGAGCGUCACGCAGUCCGCACUUGAGGAAGCACUCUUGAGCAACAUCCAGCACGGUGGGAUGGCCAGUCGCAUGAGUACAAUCAGCCAGGCGAUCCGUAGUCGAUAUCUAGGACGGGCGGAGGAUAGGUUCUCGUGAAGUUGCAAUGAUAUGAGGUACGAUUGAGUCAGUUUGUCUACGAAUAGCGGGAUAAUUAUUUGGUCAAUAUCGAAUAUUGCGAUCUUAUUAUUCAAAGUAUCAUUGUAGUGUUUCAGAUCCAAUAUCGAGACUACUUGACUGCCUGGUGAGCAAUGGCGGCUUGCCAU